AUGAGAAAAACGCUUGUGUUAGAUUUAGAUAAUACUUUAGUGGCCUCUUUUUCAACAUCCAAACAACAACUCUUGGAAGUGUGUGAUUUAGUCGUUACUGUAGCAAGAGAGAAGUUCCAUGACACGCUUAAAAUUGCUGUUUUCAAACGACCCUAUCUUGACGAAUUUCUUGAGGUUGCGUGUAGUUUAUUUGAUGUUUGGAUAUUCACUGCUUCGGAUAAGUCAUAUGCCCAACCUGUUUGUGAGCAACUUCUGAAUAGUAAAUCGAGAUUUAAAGGAUGUCUCUUCAGAGAAUCACUUUCGAAAGGCAUCAAAGAUCUAUCGAUAUUUAACGUGAGCAUGGAUCAAAUAAUGAUUAUCGAUGACGAUGAAUAUAAUUUUCAACUACAGCCAAACAACGGUGUGGCUAUUAGCUCCUUUGGUUUCGAUACCAUGUCAAUUGCUAGGGAGCAAAAACUUGAUUGUGAAUUGAAAAAUUUGAUUGAUCUUCUUAAAACCGUUGCUCACUCGGACACAGUGUACGGGCCUAUAAGCAAAUACAAACAACUACAUACAAGCAGUUAUUUGAAUUGUGACCUUUCACCAAUCACAACAGUGGGAACACCUGCAAUCAAGUCGUUCUCACCUUUCGAUGGAAUUGACGAAAACUCUCCUCCUCCUUCGUCUUCAUCCUCUGCCUCGAGUGUUCUUAUUUAA